UUUAUUCCCAGGCCAUGUUCGUUUCCCCUUUAUCGCCGCUUUUUUUUCGGUUCCUCCGCCCUGCAGAUCUCACCUCUUCCUUAGUGAACAAACCCUAACCCUAACCUUAAUUCCUUCUUCGCGGCCUCCCUUCGUGCCGUCUCCCAUGGCGCCGGCGGCUGACGACGGCCUGAAGAAACUCGAGUACCUCUCUCUCGUCUCCAAAAUCUGCACGGAGCUCGAGUCCCACGUCGGGUGCGGCGACAAGGUCCUCGCCGAGUUCAUCACCGAUCUCGGCCGCAGUUCCGAGACGGUGGAGGAGUUCGACGCCAAGCUCAAGGAGAACGGCGCCGAGAUGCCCGACUACUUCGUCCGCACCCUCCUCACCAUCAUCCACGCCAUCGUACCCCCAAAGCCCAAGUCCGCCAAGCCCUCCUCCGACCAGAAUCAAGCCAAGAAGAGGUCCUCCGCCUUCCCCGCCCUCUCCUGCCGCGACGACCCCGAACGCGCCAAGGAGCUCCGCCGCGAGAUGGAGCGUGACGCCGAGAUGAAGGCCGCAUCUGAGGUCCGCAGCCGCGACGAUCACCGCGAUCGUGAUCGCGGCCAAGAUCGGGAUCGGGACCGAGACCGAGACCGGCGACGUGAUCGAGAUCGAGAUCGAGAGUAUAGGCGAGAGAGGGAUAGAGAUGGAGAUAGAGACAGAGACUGGGACAGACAUAAUAGAGAUAGGAGUCACAGAAGGGAUAGAGAUAGAGAUAGGUAUGAUAAUUCUAGGGCAUAUGACGAGGAGGAAGAAGAUGGCAGGGAUGGGAGAAACCCUAACCUUAGUAGUCGGAGGUAUGCGGACGAGCCGGAGCUCUAUAAGGUGUAUAAGGGUAGGGUUUCGCGAGUGAUGGAUACGGGGUGCUUUGUCCAGUUGAAUGAUUUCAGGGGGAAGGAGGGUCUGGUCCAUGUUUCCCAGAUUGCAAAUAAAAGGGUCGCCAAUGCAAAGGAUGCAGUGAAGCGCGAUCAAGAAGCAUUCGUGAAGGUGAUCUCAGUGUCUGGGCAGAAACUUAGCCUUUCCAUGAGGGAUGUGGACCAGAAAACCGGAAAAGAUCUGCUUCCAAUGAGGAAGAACUCGGAGGAUGAGGCAUUGAGGGCGAACCCUUCAAGUGGCAACCAUGGGCCGGUGACAAGGACUGGCCUUUCGGGCAUCACGAUUGUGGAGGAGGAUGAGAAUGGACCGUCUCGGCGGCCGUUGAAGAGGAUGAGCUCACCAGAGAAGUGGGAGGCGAAGCAGCUGAUUGCUUCUGGGGUUUUGGAUGUCAGGGAGCAUCCAAUGUUCGAUGACGAUGCCGAUGGGCUGCUGUAUGAGGAAGAGGGAGCUGAAGAAGAGCUGGAAAUUGAGCUUAAUGAGGAUGAGCCUGCAUUCUUGCAAGGGCAGAGCCGGUUCUCAAUUGACAUGUCCCCUGUCAAGAUUUUCAAGAAUCCUGAAGGUUCUUUGAGCAGGGCGGCAGCACUCCAGUCAGCUCUCAUUAAGGAGAGGAGGGAGGUCCGAGAGCAGCAGCAGAGGACAAUGCUUGAUUCCAUCCCGAAGGAUCUUAACCGCCCAUGGGAAGACCCUAUGCCAGAUACAGGUGAGAGGCACCUUGCUCAGGAGCUGAGGGGUGUUGGAUUGUCGGCCUAUGACAUGCCUGAAUGGAAGAAAGAUGCAUAUGGAAAGGCUUUAACUUUCGGGCAGAGGUCAAAGCUUUCAAUACAGGAGCAAAGGCAGAGUCUUCCGAUCUAUAAACUGAAGAAAGAGCUGAUUCAAGCUGUGCAUGAAAACCAGGUUCUGGUCGUCAUUGGUGAGACCGGUUCAGGGAAGACAACACAAGUCACUCAAUAUCUGGCGGAGGCAGGUUACACGACAAGGGGAAAAAUUGGGUGCACACAGCCUCGUAGGGUGGCAGCAAUGUCGGUUGCUAAGAGGGUGGCAGAAGAAUUCGGGUGCCGUUUGGGAGAAGAAGUUGGUUAUGCUAUUAGGUUUGAGGACUGCACUAGUCCAGAGACAGUGAUCAAGUAUAUGACAGAUGGUAUGCUUCUUAGGGAGAUCUUGGUCGAUGAAAACCUUUCACAGUACUCUGUUGUCAUGCUUGAUGAAGCUCAUGAGAGAACAAUCCACACUGACGUUCUUUUUGGUUUGCUAAAACAGCUAGUGAAGCGCAGGCCUGACCUUCGGUUGAUAGUCACUUCUGCCACACUUGAUGCAGAAAAGUUCUCUGGUUAUUUCUUUAACUGCAAUAUUUUCACCAUUCCAGGGAGAACAUUUCCAGUGGAGAUACUCUACACGAAGCAGCCAGAGACUGAUUACUUAGAUGCAGCUCUAAUCACUGUUUUGCAGAUCCACUUGACGGAACCCGAGGGUGAUAUUCUUGUCUUCUUGACUGGCCAAGAGGAAAUUGAUCAUGCUUGUCAGUGUCUUUAUGAGAGAAUGAAAGGUUUAGGAAAGAAUGUUCCAGAGUUGAUUAUCUUGCCAGUAUACAGUGCUCUUCCUAGUGAAAUGCAAUCCAGGAUUUUUGAACCUGCACCUCCUGGAAAGAGGAAAGUGGUUGUGGCUACUAAUAUUGCCGAGGCUUCUUUGACAAUUGAUGGGAUAUAUUAUGUUGUUGAUCCUGGUUUUGCAAAGCAAAAUGUGUACAACCCAAAACAAGGCAUUGAUUCACUGAUCAUCACUCCCAUCUCGCAAGCAUCAGCCAAGCAGCGAGCUGGGCGUGCUGGGCGUACUGGCCCAGGGAAGUGUUACCGUCUCUACACAGAGAGUGCCUACCGCAAUGAAAUGUCACCCACCACAGUUCCUGAAAUCCAAAGAAUUAACCUCGGGAUGACAACACUAAAUAUGAAGGCCAUGGGGAUUAAUGACCUCUUGUCAUUUGAUUUUAUGGACCCGCCAUCACCUCAAGCACUCAUAUCUUCCAUGGAACAACUAUACAGUCUUGGAGCAUUGGAUGAAGAGGGGCUUCUGACCAAAUUGGGUAGAAAAAUGGCUGAAUUUCCACUGGAACCACCAUUAUCAAAAAUGCUUCUGGCCAGUGUCGACCUAGGAUGCAGCGAUGAGAUUUUGACCAUUAUAGCAAUGAUUCAGACUGGGAAUAUCUUCUACAGGCCAAGGGAGAAGCAAGCCCAAGCAGAUCAGAAAAGAGCCAAGUUCUUUCAGCCAGAAGGUGACCACUUAACAUUACUUGCUGUAUAUGAGGCUUGGAAGGCCAAAAAUUUUUCUGGGCCAUGGUGCUUUGAGAACUUCGUGCAGUCACGUUCCCUUCGGAGGGCACAGGAUGUCAGAAAGCAGCUUCUUACUAUCAUGGACAGGUAUAAACUGGAUGUCGUCAGUGCCGGUAAAAACUUUACAAAGAUACGGAAGGCAAUUACUGCAGGAUUCUUCUUCCAUUCUGCUAGGAAGGACCCCCAGGAGGGAUAUAGAACCAUAGUUGAGAACCAGCCGGUGUACAUCCAUCCAAGCAGCGCUUUAUUUCAGAGGCAGCCAGAUUGGGUCAUAUAUCAUGAGCUGGUUAUGACGACAAAAGAAUACAUGAGGGAGGUCACGGUCAUCGAUCCCAAAUGGUUAGUAGAAUUGGCACCAAGAUUUUUUAAGUCUGCAGAUCCUACAAAGUUGAGCAAAAGGAAGAGGCAAGAGCGUAUCGAACCACUUUAUGACAGAUACCAUGAACCGAACUCAUGGCGUUUGAGCAAACGCCGUGCUUAAUGAGUGUACUAUUGUAACUUUUCAGGGCCUUGUUUGAUAUUCAUCAUGGCGCGACUGCCGUGGCAAGUUCCACGCUAAAUUUUUGAAUUUGUAUAUAUUAAUAUUCUCUAUUUUCGUACUCUUCAAUACUGAACGUCUAACCUUGCGGGCU